AUGGCGGCAAGUCUGUUCCAAUCACAUCAGUACUACUACAUCGCGAUGGCCACCACACAGGAUCAGCAAGAGAGAUUAUCUGUCGCAGUCCCAGCAGCGCUUACUACAAGCAAGAGUCCCGUGCCCAUCGUGAUCAACAAAACUGUAGCCUGCAACGCGAAGACGCAGCCAGUCAAGGAAGCAAGUCUCGCCGCAAUGCCAGCAGAACUCCUCAAGAGCAUCGCCACCUUCGCCGAUCUACAAGACCUCCCUGCCCUCAGACUCGUCAAUCGCGAAUGUAACUCGAAAGUCCUCCGUACCUUCACCAAAACCUUCUUCACAACCCUCCCGAUCCUACUUUGCUACGACAAAAGCAUCAAGACCGCACUCGAAAUCGCCGGCCACCCCAUUUUUGCUCCAGCCAUUCGUACCAUCGACCCUAGCAUCGACGUCAUUCCCGACGAGGACGACUACGAGGAUUAUGGGCUGAACAUCCCCAUGGCAGAACCCUAA